AUGCUUUUGAACUUUGUAUCUGCCGCUAUUGCUACCACUGCUGCUAUAUCUACAUUGGUCCUGGCCGAAAGCACCACUUUUGAUCGUUUUUUCGUUAUUGUUCUCGAGAAUACUAACUACUCAGAUGCUAUGGCAGAUACCUACCUCGGUACUACUCUUGCUGAAAAGGGCCGUCUGUUGACUAGUUACAGUGCCAUCCGUCAUCCUUCUCAGCCAAACUAUCUUGCUAUGAUCUCUGGAUCUACUCAGGGCAACAAGAAUGACAAAAAUGUCAAUGUCAACAGCAAUACCAUUGUAGAUCUUCUUGAAACUGGCGGAAUCUCGUGGGGUUCUUACCAGGAAAGCUAUCCGGGAAGAUGCUCAACUGCGACAUCUUCUGGAACUUAUCGUCGCAAGCACAAUCCCUUCAUCUCAUUCACCAAUAUUGCCAAAGAUCCUGCUCGUUGUGCCAAGAUUGUUCCCGCUACUCAGCUCAAUAAGGAUAUUGCCAAAAAUAGCGUUCCCAGCUAUGUAUUCUACACUCCUGAUAUGAACAAUGACGGACACGAUACUGAUGUAUCGUAUGCAUCCAACUGGCUGGAGGGUUUUCUUGAACCAUUGCUCACCAAGCCAAUCUUUUCCAACACCGUGUUCCUAAUCACGUUUGACGAAGACGCAUCGGACAGCAACCAGGUGUAUGCCAUGCUUGUUGGUGGUCCUGCUGCCCCUGGUACUACCGACUCCAAUUCAUACAAUCAUUACUCUCAGUUGGCCACUGUUGAAGCCAACUGGAACCUCGGCAACCUUGGACAAGGCGAUGCCUCUGCUUCUGCAUUCACUUUUGCCUAG